AUGUCCUCCCAACCGCAAAUACCCAGCUCCUUCUUUGGGCUCAACCUGGUGUCCCGGGCGGAACCGGGGCCCGUCACCGAGUUCGUCAAGGCCCACCUGGGCCAUACCGUGAUCCUGAAGGUUUUGAUUGCCAACAACGGUAUUGCUGCCGUGAAAGAAAUACGGUCCGUGAGAAAAUGGGCCUACGAGACGUUUGGCGACGAAAGAGCCGUCCAGUUUGUCGCCAUGGCCACCCCGGAGGACUUGGAGGCCAACGCCGAGUACAUCCGCAUGGCCGACCAGUGUGUCGAGGUGCCCGGCGGCACGAACAACAACAACUACGCCAAUGUCGAGUUGAUUGUCGAAAUCGCAGAGAGAACAAAUGUCCACGCCGUGUGGGCCGGCUGGGGCCACGCCUCGGAAAACCCCAUUUUGCCCGAGAUGUUGGCGGCCCUGCCCAAAAAAAUCGUACGUGCCCUGUAUCCCUGGUCCGGUACGGGCGUGCUGGACGUUGAAAUUGACAACGAAUCGAAAUUGGUCUCGGUGUCCGAAGAGACUUACGCCAAGGGCUGCUGCACGAGUCCGGAAGACGGCUUGGAAAAAGCCCGCCAGAUCGGUUUCCCCGUCAUGAUCAAGGCCUCCGAAGGUGGAGGCGGUAAAGGUAUCCGUAAGGUCGACAACGAGGACGAUUUCAUCUCCUUGUACAACCAGGCUGCCAACGAGAUUCCUGGCUCUCCAAUUUUCAUCAUGAAGUUGGCCGGUUCCGCCAGACACUUGGAGGUGCAGUUGCUAGCGGACCAGUACGGUACCAACAUCUCGCUUUUCGGCAGAGACUGUUCUGUCCAGAGACGUCACCAGAAGAUCAUUGAAGAGGCCCCAGUCACCAUUGCAAACCAGGAGACUUUCCGUGGCAUGGAGAAUGCCGCCGUUCGUCUAGGAAAACUUGUCGGUUACGUUUCCGCCGGUACCGUCGAGUAUCUUUAUUCCCACGCCGACGACAAGUUCUACUUUCUUGAGUUGAACCCACGUUUGCAGGUCGAGCACCCUACCACCGAGAUGGUCACCGGUGUCAACUUGCCUGCUGCCCAGUUGCAGAUUGCCAUGGGUAUACCGAUGCACAGAAUCAGAGACAUCAGAACGCUUUACGGUGUCGACCCUCACACUUCCACCGAAAUCGACUUUGAGUUCAAGCUGGAGUCUGCCUUGACCACCCAGCGUCGCCCCAAGCCUAAGGGCCACUGUACCGCUUGUCGUAUCACCUCGGAGGACCCCGGUGAAGGGUUCAAGCCUUCCGGUGGUUCUCUUCACGAAUUGAACUUCCGUUCUUCCUCCAACGUCUGGGGUUACUUCUCGGUGAGCAACCAGUCGCUGAUCCACUCCUUUUCCGACUCCCAGUUUGGUCACAUCUUCGCUUUUGGCGAGAACCGUCAAGCCUCCAGAAAACACAUGGUGGUGGCUCUCAAAGAAUUGUCCAUCCGUGGUGACUUCCGUACCACCGUCGAGUACCUUAUCAAGUUGUUGGAAACCCCCGACUUCGAGGACAACACCAUCACCACGGGCUGGUUGGACGAGUUGAUUACGAAGAAGUUGACUGCGGAAAGACCAGACCCUAUUCUUGCUGUCUUGUGUGGUGCUGCCACCAAGGCCUUCAUUCUUUCAAGAGACGACAAGAAGGAGUACACCACCUCCCUCGAAAAGGGUCAGGUGCCCAACAAAUCCCUUUUACGAACCAUCUUCCCUAUCGAGUUUAUUUACGAGGGACACAAGUACAAGUUCACGGCCACCAUGUCGUCUGAAGAUGCUUUCACGCUAUUCUUGAACGGUACAAGAGCCGUCGUCGGUGUCAGAUCCUUGUCUGACGGAGGCUUGUUGUGCUCUAUCGGCGGCCAGUCCCACUCUAUUUAUUGGAAGGAGGAGCCCUCGGCCACUCGUUUGUCUGUUGACGGAAAGACCUGUCUUUUGGAGGCCGAGAACGAUCCAACCCAGUUGAGAACUCCUUCCCCUGGUAAGCUUGUGAAGUACACUGUGGAGUCUGGUGAGCAUGUUCUGGCCGGUCAGCCUUACGCUGAGGUUGAGGUCAUGAAGAUGUGCAUGCCUUUGGUUGCCCAGGAAAACGGUGUGGUUCAGACCAUCAAACAGCCUGGCUCCACCGUCAAUGCUGGUGACAUUUUGGCCAUCUUGGCUUUGGACGAUCCUUCUAAGGUCAAGCAUGCCUUGCCAUUCGAAGGCCUCUUGCCUGAGAUGGGUGAACCAAGCAUUCAGGGUACCCGUCCAGUUCAUAAGUUCAAGAAGUACUCUACUAUUUUGAGAAACAUCUUGGCUGGAUACGACAACCAGGUCAUCAUGAACUCGACCUUGAAGAACUUGACCGAAGUCUUGCGUGACAAGGAGUUGCCAUACUCCGAAUGGGCCAUGCACUGUUCUGCUUUGCACUCCAGAUUGCCUCCUAAGUUGGACGAAGCCAUGACUGCUCUUAUCGAGAGAUCCCACUCCAGAGGUGCUGAAUUCCCAGCCAAGAACCUUUUGAAGCUCAUCAGCAAGGCUGAGAAGGAGAGUGGUGACUCUCUUUUUGGUGCUGUUGUUGCUCCUUUGGUUGAAGUUGCUACCAACUACGCCAGUGGUUUGGUUGAGCAUGAAUACAACUUCAUCGCCAGUUUGAUCAACGAGUACUAUAAUGUCGAGUCUUUGUUCUCUGGCUCCAGCCAUCGUGAGGAGGACGUCGUUUUGAAGCUCAGAGACGAGAACAAAUCCGACUUGUCCAAGGUGCUGACCUACGCUCUUUCCCACUCCCGUGUUUCCGCCAAGAACAACUUGAUUUUGGCUAUUCUCGAAGACUACCAGCCUAUCUUGCAGCAAUCUGCUACCAUCGCCUCUCCUAUCAGAGAAGCCUUGAGAAACAUCGUUGAGCUUGAGUCUCGUGGUACUGCCAAGGUCGCCUUGAAGGCCAGAGAAAUCUUGAUUCAGUGCUCUUUGCCCUCGAUCAAGGAGAGAUCCGACCAGUUGGAGCACAUCUUGAGAUCCGCUGUGUUGCAGACCUCCUACGGUGAGGUUUACGCCAAGUACAGAUCUCCAGCUUUCGACACUAUCCGUGAGGUUGUUGACUCCAAGCAUACCGUGUUUGAUGUUUUGCUCCAGUUCCUCGUCAACGCUGACGAGUGGGUUGCCAUGGCUGCCGCUGAGGUUUACGUUCGUCGUUCCUACAGAGCUUACUCCUUGGGUCCUAUCACCUACAACUUCCACGACCAGGAGAAGUUGCCAAUUAUCCAGUGGGCUUUCCAGUUGCCUUCUCUCUCUUCUCACGCUGCUCCUUACGCCAGCUUCAAGAAGGACGAGUCUAGCUCCAUGGGCAGAGCUGCCUCUGUGUCUGACUUGUCUUUUGUUGUUGACAACAAGAAGGAAGGUAAGAUCAGAAGCGGUAUUUUGGUCCCUUGCAAGCACAUUGACGACAUGGACGACAUGCUUCUUGCUGGUCUUGACAAGAUGGAGCCAGCUGACGCUAUCUCUUUCCAAGCUGGUGCUGAACCCGAGUACAUGAACGUUGUCAACGUUGCUGUUACCAACAUCGAUGGUUACGAAACCGAAAAGGAGGUUUUGGAGAAGGUGCACGAGACCAUUGAGGAUAACAGAGAGGAGUUGAAGGCUGCUGCUGUUCGUCGUAUCACUUUCGUCUUUGGAAACAAGGUUGGUACUUACCCCAAGUACUACACCUUCACUGCUCCUGACUACAUCGAGAACAAGGUCAUCAGACACAUUGAGCCUGCCUUGGCCUUCCAGUUGGAAUUGGGAAGAAUGGAGAACUUCGACAUCAAGCCAAUCUUUACCGACAACAGAAACCUCCAUGUUUACGAAGCUGUGGGCAAGAACUCGCCCUCUGAUAAAAGAUUCUUCACCCGUGGUAUCAUCAGAACUGGUGUUAUCAGCGAGGACAUCUCCAUCAGCGAGUACUUGAUCGCCGAGUCCAACAGAUUGAUGUCUGACAUCUUGGACGCUUUGGAGGUCAUCGACACCUCCAACUCCGACUUGAACCACAUUUUCAUCAACUUCUCUGCCGUUUUCAACGUCACUCCAGAGGAUGUCGAGGCUGCCUUUGGCUCCUUCUUGGAGAGAUUCGGCAGAAGAUUGUGGAGAUUGAGAGUCACCUGCGCUGAAAUCAGAAUUUCUUGUGUUGACCCAACCUCGGGCCAGCCUUUCCCAUUGAGAGCCAUCAUCAACAACGUCUCCGGCUACGUCGUCAAGUCAGAGUUGUACAUGGAAAUCAAGAACGGCAAGGGCGAGUGGGUGUUCAAGUCUAUUGGUCAUCCUGGCUCCAUGCACAUGAGAUCUAUCAACACUCCAUACCCAGCCAAGGAGUCCUUGCAGCCUAAGCGUUACAAGGCUCACAACAUGGGUACGACUUAUGUCUACGACUUCCCCGAGUUGUUCCGUCAAGCUACUAUCUCCCAGUGGAAGAAGCACGCCAAGGAUGGUAAGGUCCCAAGAGACUUCUUCCUUUCUGAGGAGUUGAUCAAUGACGACAACGGAGGCUUGACUGCUGUUGAAAGAGAGCCUGGCUCGAGCAAGAUCGGUAUGGUUGGUUUCAAGGUCAACGCCAAAACGCCCGAGUACCCUCAUGGCCGUCAGUUCAUCAUUGUUGCCAACGACAUCACCCACAAGAUUGGUUCCUUCGGACCUGAGGAGGACGAGUUCUUCAACAAGUGUACUGAGUUGGCUCGUUCCUUGGGUGUUCCAAGAAUCUACCUUUCUGCCAACUCUGGUGCCAGAAUCGGUGUUGCCGAGGAGUUGCUUCCAUACUACAAGGUUGCCUGGAACGAGGAAGGCCAGCCUGAGAAGGGCUUCAAGUACUUGUACUUGACUUCUGAGGACAAGACACUCCUUGAAGAAAAGGGCAAUGCUGCUUCUGUGGUAACCGAAAGAGUCGUGGAGAAGGGUGAAGAGCGUCACGUUAUCAAGACCAUUGUCGGUGCCGAGAACGGCCUUGGUGUUGAGUGUCUUAAGGGUUCUGGUUUGAUCGCCGGUGCCACUUCCAAGGCCUACAAGGAUAUCUUCACAAUCACCUUGGUGACAUGCAGAUCCGUCGGUAUUGGUGCUUACUUGGUCAGGUUGGGUCAGCGUGCUAUUCAGAUCGAAGGCCAGCCUAUCAUUUUGACUGGUGCUCCCGCUAUCAACAAGUUGUUGGGUAGGGAGGUUUACUCUUCCAACUUGCAGCUUGGUGGUACCCAGAUCAUGUACAGAAACGGUGUCUCCCACUUGACUGCCUCAGACGAUUUGGCCGGUGUCGAGAAGAUCAUGGAGUGGAUGUCUUACAUUCCUGCCAAGAGAAACACUCCUGUUCCUAUCUUGAACAGCACGGACCCAUGGGACAGAGACGUGGAGUUUGCUCCAGCUCAAAAAGUGCCUUACGACGUCAGACACAUGAUUACUGGUCGUGAGAACGACGACGGUGAAUUCGAAGCCGGUUUGUUCGACAAGGACUCUUUCCAGGAGACUUUGUCUGGAUGGGCCCGUGGUGUUGUGGUUGGUAGAGCCCGUCUUGGUGGUAUUCCAAUUGGUGUCAUUGGUGUGGAGACCAGAACCGUCGACAACUUGGUUCCCGCUGAUCCUGCCAACCCAGACUCCACUGAGAUGAUGUUCCAGGAGGCUGGUCAAGUUUGGUACCCUAACUCUGCUUUCAAGACCGCCCAGGCCAUCAACGACUUCAACCACGGUGAGCAGUUGCCAUUGAUGAUCUUGGCCAACUGGAGAGGUUUCUCUGGUGGUCAGCGUGAUAUGUUCAACGAGGUUCUCAAGUACGGUUCCUACAUUGUGGAUGCUUUGGUCGACUUCAAGCAGCCAAUCUUCACAUACAUCCCACCACAUGGUGAGUUGAGAGGUGGUUCUUGGGUCGUUGUGGACCCUACCAUCAACGCCGACAUGAUGGAGAUGUACGCUGACGUCGAGUCCAGAGCUGGUGUUUUGGAGCCCGAGGGAAUGGUCGGCAUCAAGUACAGAAGAGACAAGUUGUUGGCCACUAUGGGCAGAUUGGACCCUGAGUACCGCGAGUUGAAGGCUCAGCUCAACGGCAAGCUUGAUGCUGAUGAGCACGCCAAGGUGGGUGCCAAGUUGGCUGCUCGUGAGAAGGCCUUGAUGCCUAUCUACGCCCAAAUCUCGGUCCAGUUUGCCGAUUUGCACGACAGAUCUGGCAGAAUGUUGGCCAAGGGUGUCAUUAGAAAGGAGAUCGAGUGGGUUGACGCCAGACGUUUCUUCUUCUGGCGUUUGCGCAGAAGAUUGAACGAGGAGUACCUCUUGAAGUUGAUUGGCGAGACCAUCAAGACCGGCUCGCGUUUGGAGAGAGUGGCCCGUUUGAAGAGUUGGAUGCCUACCGUUGACUACGACGACGAUGAGGCCGUCAGCACAUACAUUGAGACGAACCACGCCAAGUUGCAGAAGAGAAUCGACGAGUUGAAGUCGGAGCAGAACCGCCACGACUUGCACAAGCUUUUUAGAAAAGACGGUGGUGCCGCCAGCGCCGCCAUCAAGGAUUUCUUGAGCUCCAUGUCGGAUGCCGACAGACAGUCCUUGCUCAGAAACCUCUAA